ACCCGACUCCGUAUUGCUUUACGACAGAAUGUCGUGAAAUAACGGAGCAUUGACGUAGCAUUGGCGGAAGCUAGCCUUGGGCUUUACGGCAACGACUUUCGGUAGGUUCGCGUCUGGAUAGGCUCGAGAGGUGCAGGGCGGGCUGCAGGUGUGCAGGGGCUGCAGGUAUCGGCAUCCGUUUCCGUAUCUAGCUUUAGGGUUUGCUUUUGUCUGCCUGUUUUUGAGUCUUCAGGAAGGCGAGAGUAAUCCCCCCACUUCACUGCUGGGAGUCGGAGAUUCUGUUACUGGCCCCGGAGAGGUCGCUCUCCCUUCCCUGCGUCGUUUCCUUGACACACACUUGACUCUUAGGCUGGUUAGACUCGCCCUCCCUUCGCCUAGAAUGAUGUCUCGUCGUUUGAUUUGGUUUUAGUUCUGUUCUUUGGGAGAAGUCCAGCUUCCGGUGCCUCCUGAGCGGGUCCCCCUCUCGCCUCCAUCUUCGUCCCCCGGGGAGCCCGGCCCCUAGCUCGCCGCGGUCGGGAAUGGAGCGGGAGGGCUCUUCCCCGCCCGGAGAGUGCCCUGCUUCUGACCUCGGACAGGCCCUGUCCCAGAUCCUGCACCGUCUGACCGGCCCGGAGUCCCGACGGGGCAGCGCCAGGAAUGCAGCUCUCCAGGACCUCAGCGCUCUCCUGGAGGCCACAGGGUGCGAUCGGUUAUUUGCGGGGAGUGACACGCCGCUCGGCGGAGCGCCCGGGACGCUGGGGGAGGUGACAGCCGCCCUGGAGAAGCAUGCAGCGCCCCGCAAGGAGGAGGAAGGCGGAGCGGAUGGGUGCUCUGCGGUGGCCGAGAAGGCGGCGGCGGUUGGGCUGCUGUUCACUAAGCUGCUGAGGAGAGUGGAGUCGGCCAAGGAGUCCCCGGGUUGCCUCGCGUGGAAGAGAGGCCUGCGCCACCUGGCCGGACCCAUCUAUGUGUUUGCCAUCACACACAGCCUGCAGCAGCCGUGGACCAGGCCGGGGUCUCGGGAGGUUGCAAGAGAGGUGCUCGCUUUACUGCUGCGCGUUUCUGAGUGUGGUUCUGUGGCAGGAUUCCUCCGCGGGGAACACGAAGGCGAGAAAGGGAGGUUUGCUGAGAUAAUGGGCCUUCUCCAGCCUGAUUUGAAUAAGGAAUCCUGGAAGAAUAACCCUGCCACCAAACAUGUUUUCUCCUGGACUCUGCAACAGGUCACUAGACCCUGGCUGAACCAACAUCUAGAAAGGAUACUUCCCCCAUCCUUGCUCAUCUCAGAUGACUAUCAAAUUGAGAACAAAGUCCUGGGUGUCCAUUGCCUCCAUCACAUUGUGCUUAAUGUGCCAGCUGCUGAUUUGCUCCAGUAUAACAGGGCCCAGGUCCUAUACCAUGCCCUUUUCAACCAUCUGUACACACCGGAGCACCACCUCAUUCAGGCUGUGUUGCUGUGUCUGCUGGAUCUAUUUCCAGUCCUGGAGAAAGGCCUGCACUGGCAGGGAGGUGCAGCUCGACCCACCACACACUGUGAUGAGGUCCUGCAGCUGAUCCUGACCCACAUGGAGCCAGAGCACCGCAUUCUCUUACGCAGGACCUACGCGAGAAGUCUGCCAGCUUUUGUGAAGAGGCUGGGGAUCCUGACCGUCCGGCACUGGAAGAGGCUAGAGCGAGUCAUCCUUGGCUAUCUGGAGGUUUAUGAUGGGCCAGAGGAGGCGGCGAGAUUGAAGAUACUGGAAACCCUAAAACUUCUCAUGCAGUAUACUUGGCCCAGAGUUUCCUGUAGACUUGUGGUCUUACUGAAGGCUCUCUUGAAACUGAUAUGUGAUGUAGCAAGGGAUUCAAGCCUUACACCGGAGCCUGUUAAGGGUGCUUUAUUAGAGGAGGCCACAGACUGCCUGCUUCUCCUGGACCGCUGCUCUCAAGGACAAGUGAAGUUAAAAAAAACAGGUCCAGCCACGUGUGGCUCAGCAGAUGAGCAACGACCCAGGAACCAAGAGGUCACCAGUUUGAUUCCUGGCCCCGAAUCUGGUUUACUGAACACUUGCAUUUGUGUUCCACACCCUGUACAACAGCAACUUUGCAGAGGGCCCUCUUGCACUCUGGGACCCCUCAGGGGAUGUCAGAGAGCCAGUUUCAGCCCAAUCCCUGCAGGCCAGGCAGAGGGACCCCACUCAUUCCACAGACACCCUUCAAGCCACAGUGCCACCCCAGGUGCAGCCGAUCAUGGAGGGACUGCAGGAGGUUGGCUCCAGGGUGUGUCCGGCCUGUCUUGCCCAGUCCCGCCCCACCAGCCACCUUCUAAUUAAUUUCCUUUCAAUGUGCAUGAAUCCAUGCACCAAGUCACUAGUAGCAUAUAAUAGCUAUGUGUGUGUUUAUAUAUAUUUAAUAAACUAUUGCCUCAUUUCUUACCCCAUUAGAAGUCUUUAUUUGAAAAGGUGUAAGGCAGCAUGAAAAGAAAUUCAUAUCCUAAAAAUACUUAGAGAUAGCAUAGUUUCUUGUUUUAUUAGUUUAUUCAGAUUAAGAUUCAUCUUUGCUCUUUAAUUUCAGGCAGUUUUCAAGUCCUAGAUCCCAUUUAAUUCAUCUCAGCUGGUAUUAAGCUGCUGCUUCAUGAGCCAUUUCCAAACAUGCCAACAAUUCUUAGUUAUACUUGUUCUGUGAACUGUCCCCUAGUGUCAUCUAUUCUUUCCUUCUUUGAGUAUGAAACCAAGAAAGAAGAACCAAGGUAAAAGGAAAAAAAAAUUACC